GCCGGUAAAGCGCUCGCUCUCCAGCUUGACCAAUACGGUUAGCGACGUUUCGCGCCUUCAGCGGUACGCGCCUAUAGGUAGCUAGAGAGGAUCGCGCUCGGUCUGGUCGAGCCUUAAAAUGGUUCGAUUCGCCGGUUUCGAGCUUCAGUACACGGUUCAGUUCCUGCUGCGUUGUGCUGUCCGGUCAAUUAGAAUAGUGUAAGAGCCAGGCGAGGAAGCAAUACUAGCAAGCUACAUAAGCAGAGUACAACACGCUGCUGAGUCCUGCCUUGGACAAAGUCGUCGCUUGAUCAUUGUCACGAUCAGUCACAAAGCGCAAAGCAGGAAAAUACCCUCUGCCUCCGAGAGAUCAGGAAAAAUUUUACGCGAGUGAAGGCGGGUAAGGUGAUCGAGCAACGGAGAAACACUGUUUUUUGUCGGGUCAAGAAGGGUGCUGUUGCUGAAUCGUGUUGUGUAGAAGACAGUCGUGAAGGAAGUGUCGACCGGUGAACGUCGUUGAAGUGUUCCUUAGAGGGGCAAGUGUUUGAGAAAUAAAUUAAAAAUAUUACGACAAGCGAGUGGCGGAACCGCAGACUGAAGAUCGUGUGGGUGCGUUACCGAAAGUUAGUGAGGCGGGGAAAAUAGUGAUCUGUCUGUUGUUAUGGUUGAUGCGCCAAUUGAAAGUGACGACGUUGAGUAAGAGAAUUCGGCCAUCCAGCUCUUCUACGCGGCGGAGGCCUGUCCUCAUUCGUCGAGCAGCGAUCGUUUAGGCAGGACCUACAACGACCUUCUGGCAAUUGCGUCUUAUCCGUGUGGCCAAUAUAAUAGUCAGUGUCUGAAAAACAGUGCCAACUUUUUGUUUUCUGUUUGUGUGUUUCGUCUUGUGAAGAAGCCCGGGCCAAUUACUAGCCAAAACACUUUCGUUCGACUUGGUUCAAAAAGAAGCGUUGCAUCCAACGUAGACCAGAGGCAACCGAUCAUCAGCCAUCGUCGUCAGAACACGCCAUCAUGAACAAGCAGUUUCCAAAACGCCAAGAACCGCCCCAGGCCUCGGUGGCGGUCAAGCUGCUGACAGCCGGAACGGCCGCGUGCUGGGCCGAUUUCAUCACAUUCCCGCUUGACACCGCCAAAGUGCGAUUGCAAGUCCAGGGCGAACAACCGGCUCGCACAGCCCCCCUGACGCAGACGGCCACCGCCAGAGGCGCCACAGCCUACCAGGCAUUCAAAUUGAACCCAUCGGCCAUCCAGGCCAUUCCCGGAGCGCAGCAUGUCCAGUACCGUGGUCUAGUGGGAACCAUCACAACCAUCACCCGGCAGGAGGGCUUCCGCACACUGUACAAUGGCUUGUCGGCGGGACUGCAGCGACAGAUGUGCUUCUCGUCGAUCAGACUGGGCUUGUAUGAUACGGUUAAGGAAUUCUACGGAACUAUCUUCAAAGAAAACGAAGCGGGUCUUCAAAUCAUCACUCGAAUCUGUGCCGGCCUGACGACCGGUGGCCUAGCGGUAGCGCUAGCCCAUCCGACCGACGUGGUCAAGGUGCGCUUCCAGGCGGCCUCCCGCUCGAACAGCAACCGUCGGUAUACUUCCACGCUGCAAGCAUACCGGACGAUACACCGCGAGGAAGGUGUUCGAGGGCUGUGGAAGGGCGCGAUACCGAACAUUGGACGCAAUGCCAUCGUUAAUGUGUCGGAGAUCGUGUGCUACGACGUGGUCAAGGAUUGCCUCCAGCGGUACGCAAACAUCCCGAACGACAUUCGGUUACACUUUAGUUCGGCGGUGGUGGCCGGAUUUGCCGCCACUGUGGUUGCCUCCCCUGUCGAUGUGGUCAAGACUCGGUACAUGAACUCGCCCAAGGGUCAGUACCGGGGAGCGCUCGACUGUGCCAUCAAGAUGGGCCGCCAGGAGGGAGCGGCCGCGUUCUACAAAGGUUUUGUGCCAUCGUUUGCUCGGCUUGUCUCGUGGAACGUUGUCAUGUGGAUAACGUACGAGCAGUUGAAGAUGAUUGUGUUUAAAUCUUAAUGGGGUGGAACGCUGCUUUAAGGAUAUUAUAAGUUAUUUUUACACUUUUUUAACAUAGACUGGACACUUAGAGAGUCGUAUAUUUUUUAUAUUUUAUGACUAUGAAGAAUAUUGUGAUGUAUCAAAAGAGAAAAAAAACGAAUAUUGUAAACGUGAAUAAUUUCUAUAAAGAGUAUAUUUUGACAAACGA